CACCCAAACGCUUAAAACGAAAUCACGUUAUUCUGGUCACGUGAUACAAUUUAUUCAGUUUCUAUAUCGGUUUGUUGAGCUUAGUAUUCGCAUUUAUGCUAGGAUAUAUUGAAGAUAUUGAUAAAAUAAUGUAUAAUGAAUCUAUUUUUAUCUAGUAAAUCGUGAAUAAAAUAUGUUACACAGAAAAACGAAACCAUAUGAUGAUGUCAUUUGAACGAGAGUUGAGUUUAGGGAAAGAAGAUGGCGGCCACUGAAAAACAGUGGUAUGUUGGAGAAGACGGUUGUAUAUCAGUUGGAGUACCCGCCAGUGCCGUCACAUACCACUCCGCCUUAAAUUCAAUUAUAGUGUCAACAAAAGAACCAUCUAUAAAAAUUUUUGAUGUUGCUUCCGGUGCUUUAUUGCAAAAAUCGGAUCUGUCAGCAAACACCAAUGAUGCAAUCCAUGCCAUAUACCUACCUGAAAAAGACAAAGUGGUUUUUGCGGAUGAUUACUCAGUGGGUGCAAGAAAUGACCUUCGUGGAAUGCUGUUAUUGGACACUGCUUUGCAGACAUCUGUCAGCAAUUCAGAGGACCAAGUCAAAGUGGAAAUCCCACUUGCAGAGGCUGGGCAGUUUCACAAGGCAUUGAUGAAUGCUGAGCUCCCAGGAGUAGAUCAUGUUGAUGAAGUAUGUAAGGAGUUGGAGAAGAAGAUAGAUGCUGUCCAAGAGGCAACAAAAGGCCAUUUAAAAGCAGCUAAGUGGGCCACAAUUUGUUUGGAAUUACCAUUUGCAACUCUCAAAGCAGUUUGUACAGGACUAGUGAAUGAGAUGAAGCGUCUCAGCGUGAAUAACCCGGGCCUGUCUGUUGCCUCAGCCAUUGGGGACCGACUGAACUACCUCCUCCCGGGCAGUGGAGAGGGUUGGAGCAGCACGGUGGAAAGAUCUCUGAUGUAUAGUGAAGUGGCCAGACAGAAAACCUUCAGGACAUGGCCUCACAUGAAUUACAAAUGGGCGUUGCCAGAUCCAAUGUCCCAGGCUGGAUUUUACCAUCAGCCGAACUCCAUGGGGGAUGACCGUGCAAUGUGUUUCACCUGUAAUGUUUGUCUGGUGUGCUGGGAGCCGACAGAUGAACCCUGGUCUGAGCAUGAGCGACAUUCUCCUACCUGUCCAUUUGUGAAGGGAGAGUACACUCAGAAUGUUCCUCUUGCUGUCACCUAUGGAAGCCAGCCUGCCAAACGACAUGGAGAGAAUGAUGACAAGAUCGAGUGCUUUAGUACAACUGCCUCCGAGAAUUUUGUCGCAACAUCCACUUCAAAUGGGAAUAUAGUGGUGUGGAAUGUAGAUAAAAUAUUAAAGAAAUAUUGCCAGUUUAACUUGGAUCCUUCCAACCCUGUGAUAGCAUUAAAGACGGGGCUGCAGAUAGAGAGGAUCUCUGCUGGAUCACAAAGUGCCUCAGAAAGUGUUAAUGCUGUGCCAGAUGAAACUGAUGCUAAGUCUGAGGAGAGCUCUGAGAAAGCAGAGAAUGGGGGUUCUACAGACACUGGUGUGAAACCAUCCACCACCACCACCUCAACAAGUGGUACAUCAGACACCAUGUAUGAACUUCCACAGGAAAAGUUGGAAAAACCAGAUGGCCUGAAAACCAGGAACAGGCCGUGCGAAGAUGUGUUAGUCAAGUCAAUGUGUAUUGUAAGGAAACCAAUGCUUGAGAAAAGCCCAGCAGACAAAAGUGCAGGCAUUAAAAUUUCUAAAGCCAAGAAGAAAUCAAGAUCAAAACCCCAUCCGACACUGUUCUGUGGAGUUUCUCUAAGAAGGACAAAAAUUAGUCAACCCACUGAACAGAACAAUGUGGAAUGUGAAACAGAAGAGGUGGAGUUGAUGAACAAAGUGAAUGAGGUUGUGAGUAGUGACUCACCACAGAUCAUUUCAUCAGAGGAGCAAAGCUUCUCCAGUGAGGAUGACCUAGUAGACAAUGAACUCUUACAGUCCACUGUGUUUAUUCCGUAUCUUUUGGUUCUGUCUUUGAGAGAUGACCAUCGCAAAGGGAAUAAGCAUAAAGAGAAGGAACAGAAGAGGAUGCUACCAAGUAGCACAAGUCUAAAUAACUUAAAUGCUGUGCCAAAUUUGGGGUCAAUUUCCAUGAUGAAUCAUGACUUUGGUUUGAUUGAUCCCAUGUUUGAUUCAGACCCUGAUCCAUCGGAUAUGUUGAUUGGUGUGACACCAGGCCCUGUGAGUUUAACGUCAGAGAUUUCAACCGCUGGAAGUUCCAACUCCGUUGUGGAUGCCAAGGUUCCUACAGUGACCAAGCCAAGUUCCAGUAGACACACGAAGACUGGGAGUGUUUUACAGUGUGUUGAACUACCCGAUAGGGUACAGAGUGACAGAUUUAAAAUCUCUGCUAUCUCUCCAACAUUAGACGGACAACAUAUUUUGGUAGUAGUGUCACCAACAGAUAGAUGCUCAAAGUCCUCCACUAAAAGUAAAUCUAUUUCCGUAAUCACUGAUUCAUCUCCUAGCAUUGAAGCUUCUGGUCAGUUUGAUGAAUGUGUGACUGCAAACAGUAGUUCAACCUCCGUAGUAGUGUGUUCAGAGAGCAUCUCAGAAACUUCAAGCUCUCCAGAGCAGUGUCUUGGUGGGUGUAUCCUACUAUACAGGUACAAAUUUGGAGAGGAGUAUGCUCGUGUAGAGGAAAUGCCAGUAGUUGCAAAGUACUUGGACCAAGUGGAACUAUCUAUUACAAGCGUUAUUGUGCUGCCACAGGAGUUCAGUGAAUGCCAAGAGAGAGAGGAAGAUGGACAGGGCUCAGAUUCACUGGUAACAAACAGUGUCAGCACCCAAGUGUCACACAAUAUUCCAGGUCAAGCUGCUGUCACGUUAAGCAAUGGCAAACUGUGGCUGUUAAGCUUGAAUGAUUUAAGUAUGGUAGCUGAAAUAGCUCCUCCAGAACCCCAGGAGCGAUUUGUGUCUGCUGCUUACUGCACAGGUAUGGAGCGAUUGUGUGUGUGCUCUGCUGAGGGCAAACUUCACUUCUAUCAGUUAUGUGAGGAGAGUCCUGUCAUGUCGGAGUCUGGCUCUCUAAUGGAUGUAGUGGAUGGUGUGUGCAAUGGAGAGACUCGGGUGGAACUGGAACCCUCCACCAGUAAUGCUGAAUCUACAGACUCCAGGGAAAAUCUGGACAGAAAUAGUCCAGGCACUGAAGUUUUAGCCAAGAAACCUUUAACAGUGGAGAACCUGAUGCUCCUUCAUAAUCUAAUCCAAUUUGAAAACUUGAUGCCACGGUUCACAGCCACUGUUCCAUCCUGCUGGACGGAGAUCCAACAAGAACAGCAACAGAGGCGUCACCCACAACAUCUACAACAUCAAGGGGAAGCCACUCAGCACACACGCACUUGGAAACUUCAACCAGACAGUUCCACUUGGGAUGAGCACCUGUUUGAGAUUGUGCUGCCUCGUCCAUGUUGUGUUGGCCAUGUUGACAUCAAAUUCACAUUGCACCCCAUGUGCACAUCACCUCCAGAUGUUCAGAUCACACUGCUGAAGCAAAAUGUCACCACUCUCGGUCGUCAGUCUAACACCUCACAGCCAGUGGAAGUCGACAAAUCCAUUGACUUUAAAAUCGAUGCAUUCAGUCAGUUCCAAGAAGAGAACACCAGUGCCAACUGCACUGAAAAGACCAGCGGUCGAGUCACUGAGCACAUCAACAGUGUGUUGGACCCCGAGUUUCUAGAAGACCAUAAUGCUGAGAUUUUGUGCGGGCCCGUCAAUCUGUCCUCGUUUCUCGACCUGUCUGGGAAUGGAGGCCUGAUAACACUGACAAGUCCUCAGUUGUUAAAUGCCAAACCAAAGGCAUUUCUUCUGCAUAUUAAAGGCUUCCAUAGCAAGAACGAUGACAAGAAUAAUGAAAAACAGAGAGAAAUGAGAAAGAAAUCUACAUCCAGUUCUUCUACACAGAAGAUGAUUGUUAUGAAGUCAGCAUUUGACAAAGACAUAUUUAUCCCCACCAGUAAAGUGAAAGAAGCCAUGACUUCGUCUGCACCGAGGCCCAAGUUUGCAGACAACUUCAGGGGCUGUGAUUGGAUACAGGAGGUUUCUGUUACAAUUAGAAAAACAAAGCGAACACAAGUACCAAAAGAAAGGCUUCAGAGAAGUACAAUGGUGGAAAACUUGAAGUUCCAUGAACGUUUGAUGGCUGCUGUUGGAAUGAGUGAUGGUUAUGUAUUUAGCGGGAUCAGUUCAGACUGCUACCAAAACAUGGCUCUGGAUGUUCUGUUGUGGAUAUCGGGGGUGCAGAUGAAUGACCCAGUUAAAAGAAGUGUGAACAAGAUCGUCCCCUACACUCUGAAGGCCCAUUUAGAUAGCGUGGUGAAAGCCUGCUUCAUACAGGGGACCCGGACUACAGCACACAAGUGUUCCCGACUGCUGGCCAUGUGUAUGGAACAGUGUAAGAAGAUGGCAGAUCCAGACAUGGCUCCCAGCUUUAGUUACGGCUUGCUGCAUGCACUGCUCUGCGCCUUCCCCCUGCUGCCCUCUGCUCAGUAUGCUGGAGCAGUCCGCUGGUUCUUCACCAUGCUCAACAGAGUGAAGUGUAUGGACAUCACACAGGUCUCCCAGGCAUGCUCAGAUCUUCUGGUCCAUGUCUCCAAACAGUACAAUGAAAGGAUGUCUCCUCUCCAUGCCCUCCUCAAAUCCAGAUUUGGUUUGUAUGGUCAUCCAUUUGACUCCGACCUGUUUGACAUUGAGCUGCCCCUUGCCCUGAAGCAGACAGUACCCUCUGUGUCUUUCACCACUCUCAGUAGCAGCGGCAGUAACUCCACCACAACAGGCAACACCAACAACAAUCUGACCACCUCUUCCACCUCCGCAUCAGUAACAGACGAACUGGACUACUACGACCUCUUUAACCCUCCAUCAGACAAAUCCCAGAAGGUGCAACUGGAGUACGCUAAAGGCAGUUUGUUUGGUCUGAUGGAAGUAGAACCUUUACACUUCACUUGUCAUUCAACCAGUGAUGGAACCAAGAUGGAACGCAUGGAUAACAACUCGUCAACACAAAGCACCUCCAUGGGAACGGCAGGGUUGUCUGGGACUAUCAACUUUGGAGAGGGCAUUCCACCACAGGCCACCGGAAACAUUGGGGCUUCAACACUGGCAUCGCUAUCCUCCAGCAUGGCUGUGACCAAGCAGCACUUGCAUGAACUCAGUAGUAAAUCAUACCCAACUUUCAAACAUAAGAUUAUGCACAUUAAGCAGAUACUGUCAGAGGUUGGAAAGAAUUUACCACCAGAAGGGAAAUCUACCACCAGUGACCACUUGAUGCCUCCAACACCCAAGUCCACUCCAAUGGUCAUUACUCCACCCCUGACCCCACCCAAUGAAACCUUCCAACAGAACCAAAACACGGCCACCCCUGUUGCUGAUGGGAAAGCAGAUAACAAUAAACAUUUCUCUGCUAAGUCCGCUUUGGGAGGGCUUCCAAAUGCUCAGACCUUGUUACAACAGCCUCCUCUACAAGUUCUAGUGAUUGAGAGAAUGCACUCAGGUGCUCGUCGAUUUGUGACCCUUGAUUUUGGGAAGCCAAUUGUUCUGACAGAUGUAGUCAUUCCAGCGUGUACUGAUUUGGCUUCUUUGUCUAUUGAUGUGUGGGUCCAGGGAGAGGAAUUAGAUGGUCAGCGAUUUGUGGUGGCUUCUGAUAUAGGUGUCAGGUCACUUAUAAUGACGGACAUAAUGCCACCUGUUGUGUGCAGGUAUCUCAAGAUAACAACAAUAGGAAGAUUUGGAAGUGGUUCAACUCGAUCAAAGAUCCCCAUUGGUGCUUUCUAUGGCCAUAGCUGUCUUUUACCGUGGGAAUGGAACAGUUAUAUAGAACAGCGGUCAUCAUCAACGACGGGGACUCAGUCAGAACUGCCAACCCAGUCCCAGAUGCUGGCACAGUUAGGAAUAUACAUGUCUCUUCUAGAAGAUAUACAGUGUAGAUAUAGUCUAGCUAGGACGCGAUUGGAAUCUCUUUUGGCAGGACUGGAUGGACAACAGUUUGCCAAUACUCAUAUUCAGUAUUUUUUGAAGAAGAGCAAGAAGCAGAAUGAUGAGGAUAAUAAGAUUGUACAGUGUUAUCAUGACUGUCUGCAGCUACAAGUACAGCUUAACCUGGCAAAGAAAGCCACAGAAAGACUCCACACAGCACUAGGGUUCAACGUCCCCAAAACGGACUGUGGCAGUGGUGUGGUGGAGAGAAUCCGUCACUCGUGCACAGACAAACUGAGAUUUGUACAGGAAUGUCUUCUGGAGGUACUCCUUAGUAUGACCACAUCCUCAGCCAGUAUACCCCAGCCCCCGAUGUCCCUGUACAAUCUCCUAAGUCCCCAGACAGCCGAGAUGCUGUUUAAAAACCUGUGUGUACAUGGGACUAAGAAGAUCCAGAUCAGCUGUGGGAUGCUGUUGAUGAGGGUGUGUGGCAGCCAGACGUGGUGGGGCAGUUUUCUGGGAAAUGUCCUGAGAGAGUUUUUCCAUUCUGAGAACUCGCAGAUAUUUCCACAGGAUAGAGUGUUUGUGCUGUUGUUAGCUAUGGGCCAGAAAUCUCUAUCAGGACCAAGUGCUGUUGCCAUCAUGGAAAGUCUCCUCGACAUGCUUGCAAGGGUGUUGUCUCCCUUGGUAGCUGGACAAGCAGGAAUGAUCGACUUGACGCUUGUGGGUUGGGUCCUCUUGUUCCUGUGUAGAAGUUUGGAUCACACUUCUCUUAACAAUGACGAUAGUUCUAAAGCAGCUAGGAAAGACAAUGGAAACUCUCUACCAAACCGCUGGAACUUUAUACAAGGUGACCACAACUCUGCUGGGUCAUUGGCGGCCGGCAACAGUGCCAAGUCCAAGUCAACCAAACUGGUCCGGGGCUCGAGGCUGUCCAUGCAGAAGAGGAUGCUGCACCACAAGCAGAAACUGAUGGAUUUACAACAAGCCCAGAAAACUUUCUUCUCUACUCAUCCAGACAAAGGGACACAGAACUCCAGCAACACAUUGCUCAAACAACAAGAAAAGGAGUUCAAGAAGGAGCUGUCCAAAUAUGCCUCCAAGCACAUAAAGGAUAUCAUACAGAUGAGGAGAACUGAGGUAGAGAUGCUGAGAAAGAUUGGAUACAAAUCUGAUGCCACUUCAGAGUCCGAUAAGAACAAUGGAGAGGAGGAUCCGGAAGGGGGGUUACUGCUGUCUAAAGAGAAGACCCUGAAGGUGGUGAAGGGCCUGAUGUGUCUACUACUGAGCAUGGACUUCACCUGUAAUGUGGACCUCUUCCUCAUCACGUGCAAGGUGAUAGCUACUAUUUGUGUGAGUACAAGGCCUGCCAUUACACUUGCUGAGGCGAUGACCCAGGAACAGCUGGAGAGACUAAUUUUGCUAGCCUCUAACCUGGAGUUCAGUUAUGGAAACAUCAGCUGGGGAGGCCCCUGGGCAGGGCAUGCAAUCACUUGUCUACUACAAGAUAUAUUAGAUGGUGAGAAAUUCUAUCCUGCUCACAUGGACGCGGGUAUGAGUGAGACUCGGGAGGAGGCAUCAGGGGGAUUCACCGCUGAAACGGACGAGAGCCUCCCCCACAGUGUCAGCCUGCCCACCAUGGAGGAUCUGGACACAGACCAGGAGAACAGUGUGCCUGAUACACCAGAAAUGGAGCUAUCUGACUGUAAAGAGGAGCCGGCCAAAAUGACGUUUGACAAGGAGUCGUCCCUGAUGGUGGAUCUGCUGUUGGAUGACAUGGAUUACGAAGACGAGACAUCUGCCAAGCUUCACGCGUACGUCACGGGGGAGUCUGUCAAACCUCCACCCCCACCUGAACAAAUCCUAUUUGAAUCUGGUCUGCCUACCUCCAAUUUGAAUGGAACACUGGACAUGGCCAAUUCAAUACCUGUGGAAAUAGAGGAUAAGAAAAAGGAUGUCUUUAUCAAGAAAAUAGUGGACAAGAUAACAGAACGUGACAGAGAAAGUUGGAAUUCGGGGUCAUCGUAUCGGAGCAGUUUGGUGGCCGGAGCCCAGGGAAUGUCCACAGCAUUGGACGCUAGGCUGGAGUUUGGUUUGGAAACUCAGGCUGAGCUCAGGCUAAAGGUAAUGCUAUCACUUCACACUGAGGGGGUCCAGCAGGCGUUUAGUCACACUCUGCCAGCAGCUCCAUAUGUGGGUCAUACUCUGUCAUCAGCCCCUCCUCCUACGGAUGAUGAAUUGUCACAAGCCAGUGCUUCAUUUUCACAAUCAGAGGUGUCAUCAGCUGAGAUGUUGAGUUCCUGUUAUAACAACCUGCUGUGUCACCUCCUUCCCCAGUGCUCUAACUUGGACUCCCUUCUACAGCUCUGGUUAACGCUGAACAGCGAUGGCAGCAUGGACGCCUCGGGAGGCCCUAUGUUUGACUCCUCCCGAACACCUCUGAUUCUCUUCAGCUCCUCCUCAGUAUCCACGCUUCUGGGGGUCCUCACAGCUAUCCCCAGUCUUCCUAUCAGUACUUGGGUGUUAGCAUUCCAGAGCCUCACUCUUGUUGCCAAUCAGAGAAUUUGUGGUCACAGUGAUGUGGGAGAGGUGUCUAUGGUGAUACCUAUGUUGUCUGAUGUAAACCUGAUCAGUGUCAUCAAGAAGUUUUUGUCAGGGACCUCAGAAAAUGGUCCUACUGCAUCGUCAGUCCAGUUCUCAACAGUUGGUCCUGCUGCAACCAAAGCCUUCUAUGAAUUUCUGUUGCGUCUGUUUGUAAAAUGUCCCCAAGAUCAUCUUCAGAAAUUAAAAGAGCUCCUGUUGAAAUUAGUAUACACAUUAAGUGCUGAAAGGGGAGCUUUCCACUGUGGCUUAGGUCCACUGGAUGCUCAAUGCAAGUUCAUGGACUUCAUUCUGGACCAAACCUAUGACAGUGUGGAUCUGAACAAUGCCAUAAGCGUCAUUGAGUCCAUCAGCAGCCUGGUGCACCAACACAUUCUGUGUCAGGAGAGGGUCUCCUGUAGAAGCACCUCGGAGAACUCUGUCAAUGCCAGGUCGUGUUUUGGUGGACUGUUUGCCAGUUUCCUCCGCGGUGGGGACUCCAAAGCCUCAGAUGCCAGCAGAGACCUUUUAAUGUGUAGUCUUCUUAAACUUGUGAACAAUUUGAUACAAAUUCAGUGUAACUCUCCAAGGAAUGGUCGUUUGACCUCUGUUGCCUUGGAUACAUCAGCAACAGUGGAGGCUAGGACAUCAACAAACCUCAGCAUGUCGGAGCCGGUUCCUGAUUCGGCCAAAUUACGACAGGCUCUGGCUUCUUCCACCCCAACUUCAGGGGAAAGAUUGUCCGAUGAGGAAAAGAGCCAGCAGACUGAUGAACAAAAGACUCUACAGGCUGACCAGAGUUCUUACAUCACGGAUUUAAUUCUAGGCCACCAUCAAAUUAUGUGCAAUCUGAUACAGGCUCUAAGUUACUGCAACAGUAAUACAAUGGCCAUGAUCUUAGGAAGCAGGGGUAUCUCUAGCAACAUGCAGGAGACAUUUACUGGCGGUGAACCAAUAUCGGUGGGGGAUGGAAUCUACCAGAUACUGGUGACCCUGGCCAGACUGUGCUCAGAGAGUCGGUGUGUUAUAGAGUCUCUGUACAAGUACCUGUCCGGUUCCUACAGCAUCAGAACACAACAGUCCCUGAACAAACUCUCAGAACCUCUCCUCUGGUUUAUACUCAAAGUGCUAGAUAGUGCUAGAGCCAUCAGUGGUUUCCUUGAAAUGGGUGGAAUAUCAGUAAUCUGUCAGAAUCUAGUCAACUGUAACUGUCGCAUAAUAAGCACCAAUCCUAGUCUGAUCUCCACUAUCAUGCAGAACCUCAAUGGCCGAUCUCGGAUAGAAAAGAAGAACAGUGAUUUUGAGUCCCCCGAUGGUCUACAAAACUUUGCUCCAUUAGGAUCCAUCAGCUCCAGUAGUCCUACUGCUAGUCCUGCUGAAGUACUGAUACAGUCCUCGCCUCCACACAGAAGAGCUCGGUCAGCGGCCUGGUCCUACCACUUCUAUCCUGACGAGGCAUGGGUGGAUUUAACUAUUCACCUUCCUUUUGCUGUGUUACUGAAGGAAGUUCAGAUACAGCCCCACAGCACGUCACUUACAACAUGUCCCUCCAGCGUGUCGUUGGAAUUGAGCCAUGAUGGUGUAACGUCCACCCCGCUUUGCCACCCCUUGCUGACCAGCAGCUUGGCCUUUAUCAAGCUGCAGUUUCAACGGCCACAGAUAGCCACCAUGGUGACCAUAAGGCUCCACAAGGCCAGAGACUCCAUGACUAUUGGUCUGUCACAGAUCAUGUUAAUGGGGUACAGUGCAUUUGGAGACUCUUGCUCAGCUCCUCAGAAUAUGUUCCUGCCAAAUGAAGAUUAUGUCGCAAGAUCCAGUGUUCGAUGGAUUCGUUUGUUACAUCACUGUCUGACAGCCUACAAGGAAGUAGAGGAACAAGUGGCUAGCGGUGCCUCCCAGAUCCCGAACCUGAUGAACACCUGCUCUGCCCUGCUGGUGUCCCCCAUCUCCAGUGUGUAUGUACCCAACAUUGAGGAGGUCUUACUACGUUUGGGGCUUCACUCAGUAGACAUGGGACUGGCGCUGGUAGACAACAUACUUAGAACUCCUAGUAACAGGGCAAGCUUGGGUGCUAGCAUGCCAUACCUUGGUAAAGUAAGUGGACAGGCCAAUGAGUCCACCGUGGAAUUGAUGUACCAGUUGGGAAUGGUUCAGGACCCAGGAACUCGAUUAAGAGUGCAGGCUUUGUUAAACUGGCUGAAGGACAGCGCACGUCUUGCUCUCCAGAGGUCCUCCAUUACCACUGACGGGUACAGAAGGGUUCAGCAGGAGUUGUCUUCUCUUCCUAGCCCUGCCCCUUCACAUAUACAGUGUGUCUCAGCUAUCUUAUGGCAGAGCAACGAUUUACCUGUAGAAUAUGAUCUCGGCAGUCUUAUAACCAGAGAGCUUGUCAGUUUCCUAUAUGAAUGGUCUACAACCCUGAAGACAGAUAGUAACUUGAAGCAGUCAGUAGAUUAUGUACUGUGUGCAAUCUGUCACAUCAACCCAGAGUACUUCUCUCAGAUCUUGCUGUGGAUGGGCAUCACCGUAACAGGCGAGAACAGUCUGUCUGCCUCCAUCAGUGACGAUCGCAAAGACAACUCCCACCUCCAUCAAGGUUCCAUGACAGAUGACUCCAAAGACAAUCGCCAUCACAGGUCCAUGACGGACGACUCCAAGGAAGCCAGCAGUGCCCAGGAAGGUCCAGGCUCAGAAGCCCAGCCCGGGUUUAUUCAGGAUUUCCACCACAUCACCCUGGAGGAGUCCUGUCUGUCUACCCUGGCCCUAACUUGUCAGUCUGCGGUUGCCAUUAAGCAGUUACUGGACUCGGGAUUCCCUGCCGUACUGGCUCAGGGUUUAUUUGAAUUCUGUAAUAAGGUGAUUUUCCAGUUCACGGAGAACUACACACCUCCAGAGGGAAUGACAGAUGCUCACAAGUCCAGGUGUGAUGAAGGCGGUGCUUCAGGGUCAGUGCUGGGCUCCAUGUCCAGGACUCCAUCAGAUAAAGCUUUGUGGAUCACGGCAGAUAUGGUGCCCUCAGUGCUCUAUUUCCUGGCUAAAGUUUCAACAGAACCGCUGAUGAAGGACUGGUUGGGAGGACACGAGGGAAACAUUUUUUGGCCUUCCCUACUGACUAUGCUGUGCAAUACACCUAUGCAGUCUGCCACUGCACCAGCCAGUGUUCCAAAGGAAGGGACGAUGACCAUAGAGAACCGUGGAAGUAUUGAGUCUGCAGCUGUUUGUUUCUUCACACAAGUCAUGUCCUGUCACAUUAUCAACCAGCUCUUGUUUGCCAAAGUCUUGAGUGAGGUCAUCAAGGAGCAGAGCUCUUCCUCAAAAUCAGCAGGUCAGCUGUUGGGGAAUUUCCCAUUGUCUGGGUUCACCAGAUGUUUGUUCCUCCAAGCCUUGUUGGAGGAUGAGAAAGUUCUUGUUGUCCUGAAAUCCUCACAGCAGAAUGGGAAAGUCAUGAUGCAGACCAAAGUGAACAAUGGUGUGUUUCACCCCCGCUACACCGGCGGACGGGACACUCAGGUGAUGCUGGUCAGUCUUCACACAACAAUUACUGAGAUUACAAGUAAAGUUACAGACCUUCCUCUUCUACCAGGCCAGUUCCUGGAGAAAGCCUCAGAGAAGAGCGAUGAGACAAAGAAAGAUAAUCUGAGCAAUUACUCUGAGAUGGCGGACUAUCUCUCCAGUUCUGUUGUAGCAGCAAGUAUGGCAGCUAAAGAGAAAAGAGAGAAGGAAGACAAGUCAGGUGCCUCAGGGAAAUCAUCUCUGCCCCCCAGGCCCCCAACUCGACGGGGAAGACAACACAUGACCAGUGCCAGUGCACAGAUACAACUUCCUGCUUUCAGUAUAUGUCACAGGACCAUGCCUAACACAUCCUUGCCUGGGGAUUUGACCUUGUCCCAGCUGUUACAGAUUCUCCAUCAACGAGGACUGCAGCAUGGGCUUAACAUACUAGAGUUCUCCAUCAAACAGGAAACGGACAAAAAGGACGGCCACCAGGCCGACCAGAGUGAGAGAGAUGGAUGGGGUGAUCUGGAUGAGGACCAGGCCCUCACCACUGUGUCCCCCUUCCCGACCUCUCUACAGGUGUUUGCCAGUGUAGGGGGUCUGGCUCUGUUAGCAGAGCAUCUACCCCUCCUGUAUCCAGAGGUCUCCAGACAGUCCAUACUGCAGGAGUCCGGUCUGGACUACAUGAUUAAGAACAUGUCUCUCGCUGAGGAGUGGUCCAUGGUCGAACCCUUCCCAGAGGACUUUUAUGAGCAUUAUGAAAUGUCUCAACCACUGAUUUCCAAAACAAGCAGUCCCCCAGUUUCCAUGCCAACCAUUCCUCCUCAUUCAUUGGUUGCCUUUGGUCUAUUUCUGAGACUUCCUGGGUAUGCUGAGGUAUUGCUGAAGGAGAGGAAAAAAGCUCAGUGUCUUUUGAGAUUAGUGUUGGGAGUCACAGAUGAUGGAGAUGGAGGUCACAUUCUGACCUCCUCCAUUGCCUGCUCUCUGCCCACGCUGCCGUUCCUGGUCCUGAAGUCUCUGUACGACAGUUCACCCCUCACCACUGACGAUGGUGUGCUACUGAGAAGGAUGUCCCUGGAUAUCUGGGCCAUACACCUAAUCCUGGCCUGCCUGUCUGUUCUCAGUCAUCAUGCCCCCAGGGUGCCAGUCCAAGGGUUCCAACAAGAGGCUCAGAUGAUCCUGUCUGCCAUGCAGUCAGCCAGCACCCCAGUCAGUGUCCCUGUACCAAGUCAGACGGAGGAGAAAUCCCAGCAGUACUGGGCCAAGGGAACGGGAUUCGGGACCGGCUCUACCACCUCCAGUUGGGAUGCAGAGCAGGCCUUAAUGCGACAGAAGAGUGAGGAGGAACAUGUGGCAUGUUUACUGCAGGUACUUGCCAGCUAUGUAAACCCAGGAGGUGAUAUUCCCAAAGAUUUUGAAUCGGAAUUGUAUACCUGCCCAGCAGAGAAGUCUCUACUGCCAGAUGUGAUAUAUGAACUGUUAAGCCAGUCGUGUAUAGUGCCAGCCAUAUCUUCCUAUCUCAGAAAUGACUCGGUGUUAGACAUGGCUCGUCACAUUCCUCUGUAUAGGGCAUUACUGGAGCUAUUGAGGGGCAUAGCUGUCACCCCCACCUUAGUUCCCCUCCUCCUGCCUUUGGAGAAAAACAAUGUGCCAGAUACUGCCACUUCAGUUGGGGUACUGCUAGACAAGAUGAGAGUGUGUGUGGAUACUUAUGCCAGCAGGUUAAAAUCCAACAAAUCCAAAAAUGGGAAUGGCAAUAUAGCAGAGGAGGAGGAGAAUGAGGGGUUAGCCAUGUUGAUUCCUAACAUCCAGGAGACAGCCAGUAUUGUCAAGACUGCCACAGACAGGCUUCAAAAGUCUACAGAAUCGGAGGCAAGCAGUGAAGAAAUGGACAAAGACAAAUCAAGACAGGGCAGUCAAGCUAGUGCAGAGGAGCAUUACAUGACCAUCAUGCAAGAGGAACAGUUUGGAUCCUUUGAGUUUGUAGUAGACGAUUCUAAUGCUGUGAAAUUUACCUGUGCUCAUCACUAUGAAAACAAUGUGAAGGCAGCAGGCGAUGUGAGUAAUGCAGCUCGAACACGGCGCCUGGCACAGGAAGCUACUACUCUAUCUACCUCACUUCCUCUCUCCGCUGGCAGCAGUGUAUUUGUCAGGUGUGAUGAAGAAAGACUAGAUAUCAUGAAGGUGAUGAUCACAGGGCCCUCAGAUACUCCAUAUGAAAAUGGCUGCUUUGAGUUUGAUGUGUACUUCCCACCAGAUUACCCCACAUCUCCACCGCUAAUAAAUCUGGAGACCACAGGAAACCACACGAUCAGAUUCAACCCAAAUCUCUAUAAUGAUGGAAAGGUUUGUUUAAGUGUGUUGAACACGUGGCAUGGCAGACCAGAAGAAAAAUGGAAUGCUCAAACUUCAAGCUUUCUACAGGUUUUAGUAUCUAUACAGUCCUUGAUUCUAGUAUCAGAACCAUACUUCAAUGAGCCUGGCUAUGAACGUUCUCGGGGGACCCCUUCAGGCACGGCCAGUUCCCGAGAAUAUGAUGCCAACAUCAGACAAGCCACCGUAAAGUGGGCCAUGCUGGAACAAAUCAGAAACCCUACUCCCUGCUUUAGAGAGGUCAUUCACAAACACUUCUGGCUGAAGAGACAUGAGGUCCUGAAGCAGUGUGAAAACUGGAUAGCAGAAAUGGAGUCCUUCAGCAAUGAUAAAAGAACAGGAAGGACUAUAGCUCAUAGUACACUAGCACUUAAGCGACAUUAUAACCAGUUGCGAGAAGAGAUUGCCAAAAUGAAACUCCCGGAGGGGCUAGAGGACGAGGAGGGAGGAGAGACUAUUGAUCCUCAGGGGGUCCACUUCUCUACUGACUCCGCCCUAUCUUCAGCAAUGAACAACUCACAGAUAGCUGCUAUAGAAAAUUUGAUAACAGAUUCCAAUUCCAACUCAGUACUGGAGGAUGGAUUUUGCUGAUGUACGAAACACUAGAUGAGAUGUGAAAUUCCAGUGCACAACAGCCACGUGGAUUAUGCCAUAGUGAUAGGUUGUGGUCAUGAUUGGGGCUGUGUGUUAUAGAAAGCUAGUCAUGAUAUUGAGGUAUCCUGAGAGUGCUUGCAGCUCUCUGAAGAGCUGUUUGUUCUUGUGAUAAGCUGAAAAUGUGAUAUUUGUAACCCAGUAAGUCUUGUAAUUCCAUUUGAUAUGUGAGGGACUUUCUGCAGUGAAUGGGUGUUCCUUUAUAUGAUGUGUAAGAAUUUGUGUCUAGAGUGCUGUUUUCUCCAGAACAUGUUCAGAAGGAAAGGAUAUCUGUUUUUGUCCUACUGCACAGAAAUUCUCUACUCUUCGUUUUAAUAUUAAAGAAUAUUUAGGCGAUACCAAAACCUUUGUUUAUCAGCAGUACUAUUUUAUUUGAUGCAUGCGAUUGUUAAUUGUAAAAUGCUAUUUGGUAUGCUAUUUAAUUUUUGUUGGUGUUAAUAUAUGACAAAAUCAGUAUUGGCAGCAUCAGAUUGUUGAUUUUAUUCCAGUUUUGAUGCAUUAAGAGUAUUUAUAGAACAACACCAUGGAAAACGAUAUAGAUUUUAUAGAAAUCCCUGCUUGUUUAUGUGCAUAUGAAAUCUAAGGAUACUGAUGUUUCUCAUACUGAAAUGCUAUGUACGUGUGUGUGGAUAUCGAAAAACUGCAUACCUCCUGACAACUUUGUUGACACAUUAGUGAUGUUUAUAAAUUUAGGAAAUAAUUAUUGUGGUUUUUUUUAAAAAAUGAAUUCUGUUCUUAAUUGUCUCUGUCCAUUACAAGUGUUCAAGAACUUCAUCAAAUCUUAAUAAAAAUCAGAUAAUUUA